GUUUUCCUCCCUAUGCAUUCUACAUUUGCCGAUCCGUAACAUAACCUCAAAAAUUUGGUUUUCAGGCAAAUGUAUCAAUUUCUUUGCUGUAAUCCAACUUUUCCACGAAAUUCUCGUGAAAAAAGUGUAUUAAUGUGUAUAUUUAUAUGAAAUUCAAAUGGGGAAGUGACAAUUUGUUGUGAAUUAAGUUUUGGGGGACUUUUCUGUGAUGUUGGGUGUGUGAAAUGGAUUUAAGGUGAUAAUAGUGGAUUUAUUGGAUUAUGUAGGGUGAACUAACAGGUUAUUUUGUAUUGUUUGUAAUGACAAUGAACUUAGCGGGCCUGUGGUUGUGGUGUUCAAACUAUGUGGUAUAACGGAAUACUUAGCUGACUUCAAAAUGAGUCACAUGGCAACAGAGGACAGCAUGAGCGACGACGUGUUCGAGGAGGAGCAGCUGCGCGCGCCCCCCCCGCGCCCCGGCGCCUCCCCCACCGGCUACCGCGACUACCGCCCGCCGCCCGAGUACCUGCUGCGGAUGCAGGGGGAGGACGAUAUGCCCAUACAUAAGACGAUCCUGCUGGGCGACAGCGGAGUGGGUAAGACCUCGCUGCUCGUCCAGUUCGAGACGGGCAAGUUCAUAGCCGGGAACUUCUCCGCAACCGUCGGCAUCGGCUUCACGAAUAAGGUGGUAACAGUUGACGGCAUCAAAGUAAAGCUUCAGAUUUGGGACACGGCCGGACAGGAGCGCUUCCGUAGCGUCACGCACGCAUAUUACAGGGACGCACAUGCCCUGCUACUGCUAUACGACGUGACCAACAAGACCAGUUUCGACAACAUCCGGGCCUGGCUGGGCGAAAUACGAGAGUACGCGCAAGAUGACGUCGUCAUUAUGCUAUUAGGUAACAAAUCGGAUAGCGGGCUGGAGCGGGCGGUGAGGCGGGAGGAGGGGCAACGCCUGGCGCGGGAAUACCAAGUCUCCUUCAUGGAAACCUCAGCCAAAACCGGUCUGAACGUGGAAGCGGCUUUCGCGCAUGUGGCCAGGUCUCUUGUGGCCAAGGCGAACCCGGCGGAUCCCUCGAGGCUGGCGGUGCGGGCGCCUCCGGUUCAGGAGCAACGGUCGUCGUGUCCGCCAUGCUCAUAAAUGUUUUUCGAAAAUGAACAGCGCACUGUUCCGGUGUGUAAAAUGGA